AUGAAACUUCAACACCGUCCAAGAGUCACACUGGCCUUCACUUUAAACUGCUUGGCGUUCGCCUUGGCCGUGUCUGCUGUAACAACCAGCUACUGGUGUUCCGGGACCAGGAAGGUAGUGAAGCCCUUGUGCACAAGCCCAGCAAAAGUCAAGCAGAACUACUGCAUCCACUUCAACAGCUCUGAUGUGAACAACACACGUCUGGUGCAGUACAUUUACGAGACUGGAGAGGAAAAAUUCAUACUGAAGAAAUUCCACACAGGCAUUUGGUUCACUUGUGAACAGGCUGUUGAUCUCGUAGGAUUUACUUGCAGAACAUUUUUAGAGAUUGCACCUAAUCGUGAAAUAGGGGUGUUAUGGCUGUGCAUUGUUGGUGAAUGUUUGUACAUCACUUUGCUGUUCACUGGAGUCUCACUCAUGGCAGUGGAGGUGUGUCACUGCUGUAGCAUAAUGAACCGACUCAAGCUGAAUGCUUUUGGAGCCCUGUUCACUGCACUUUCAGGUCUGUUCGGCAUGGUAGCACAUAUGAUGUUCAUGACAGCUUUUCAGCUUGCAGUCAUUAUGGGUCCAGAAAACUGGAAACCCAAAACCUGGGACUACAGCUGGUCCUAUCUUUUGGCCUGGGUCUCCAUUGCGACCUGCAUGGCCUCAGCUGUCACUGCCUUCAACCACUACACCAAAACCAUGAUCCAAUUCAAGUUCAAGUGGAAGAACAUUGAAAACAGCCUGGAGCUCCUGGGACUGCAUAUGCCUGUAGGACUAUGGGAUACAUAUCUGAGCUUAGGCCUUGAUCCUGCAGACCAGCACAUGUCCUUUGACAUAAAUGGCACCAAACUACUUUAUUCUUCAUCCCAAGACACUGUAACACUACACUCACAGGGUGAAGAAUACUGCCGAAGCAAAGUACACAGUCACUGA